AUGAGUUCCAACACCCAUUCGUCAGCAUCAACGAAACGAAGCGUUACAGCUCCUGGGUUUACUCUAGGCGUAAGCGAAGAUCGCAACAAACGAUGCCGAAGGACCAUGGAAGAUGCUCACGCCUACAUUACUGAUUUCCAUGGAGUACCACGUCAAGGUUUCUUCGCCAUUUUUGACGGUCAUGCCGGAAAAUCCACGGCGGAAUGGUGUGGUGCAAACUUUCAUAAGACAUUGCUGCAUUGUUUAGAAAAAAACGCAGAGACACCAGUACCGGAGGUUUUAAACCUGACGUUUCUGGAAGCUGAUCGACAGGUCAAUCAAAAGGAAGGCAAGUUUUCUGGUUGUACAGCCGUGGUUGCGUAUGUUCAGGUCAAAGACAAAAAGCGUAUGUUAUAUACCGGUAAUGUGGGCGACGCGCGUGCGGUGUUGAGCCGUCAAGGAAAAGCGGUGCGUUUAUCAUAUGAUCAUAAAGGGUCGGAUGCCAAGGAAGCGAAGCGAAUUACUGAUCUGGGUGGAUUCAUGAUGAAUCAUCGGGUCAAUGGCGUUUUGGCUGUUACACGAUCGCUGGGUGACAGUGUGAUGAAGGAAUUCGUAGUGGGUAACCCAUACACGACGGAAACGGAAUUAGGCAACGGCGAUGAUUUCUUGAUCCUAGCUUGUGAUGGUUUGUGGGAUGUAUGCGAUGAUCAAGAAGCGGUUAAUUUGAUCAAGGAUGUGAUGGAUCCUCAAGAAGCAAGUCGUAAAUUAUUAGAGCACGCUUUGGCCAACUUUAGCACCGACAAUCUUACCAUCAUGGUCAUCCGAUUCACUGAAUAG